CUGUGUCGCUUUGACCCGUCGCCCACCUGUCUCGUCAUCCCUCUCGCUGUCCUCUCUGAGGCAUAGCCCUCUUCGUCCGCCCCAGGCCCAGCAGGCGAUGGGGCGCCGCCCUGGUUGCGAGGAAGCCGCUGGAGGAAGAUCUCAACUGGACAUUGUCGACCGGAGGAGGGGAUCGAUUCGAUCUGCAGAAAAGAGAUAGAAGAUGAGAGGAGGAGAAGGAUUAUAUCUGCAAGAGAGCGAGAAGAUGAGAGGGAAAGAGAUAUGGAAGGAGAGGAGGGAGAAAGAGAGAGUAAAGAGGGGAGGGAGGCGCGACAACGGACAUGAGAGGGUCAACGGUCGGCGUUGGCCUGCCCCGGUGAGGUAGGGCGUGACCUGAAGGUUGGUGGUGGCUCGAUCCGCUCCUGGAUCAGGACCUACGAGGAGGGUGGGCCUCGGGCGCGAGGUACGGCAGGCUGCGCUCCACCUCUUCCUCGAGGAGCAUGUGCAGUGGGCGGACAGCAGCUCACGUGGUGGUGUCGGGGCCUCAACAGGUGCACAAUGGGGACUCCAUGCAUCUCCUGCGCACCGCAACCCUCCCCUUCCGGACACAGCAGAAACAAGGAUGUCGAGGCGGUUCAGUUGCGAGGAAGAGUAGGAAGAUCGGGCGGAGAGGGUUUCACAUACCUCUUCUACACUACAAGUCUUCCUUUCCAGGAUUGCCAUGGGGCUUUGGAUGGUGGCCUUGAUAUUCCGCACAGUGACAAGAGAUUUGUUGGCUUCAAGAAGGAUGAGAAGCAGCUGGACACUGGGAUUCACUGCAACUACAUUUAUGAAGAUCAUGUUGCGGACUACAUGAAGUCAAUAGCUGAUGCGGAACCUGAGAAGUACCAAUUUCACUUUGGUGAGUACAUCAAGAAGGGGAUUGCGGCUGAUGACAUGGAAGCACUGCACAAGAAGGUUCAUGCUACCAUCCCUGCUGAUCCUACCAUGGCAAAAUUAUCCAAGGAACCUCCGAAGACGCACAAGAGGUAG